ACUUGAUCGGCGGGGUGAGAAGACGCUCCUCAACCUGAGUCUCAGAUCGUUCUUCCAACUGCGUAUGUGCUCCAAAUGUGAUUCUAUAGCAAAUCGAUCCAGUCUAGCGCCGUCGAAUUCACCGAGUCAAGUAGUCCGGCUACCGUUGACGGUCAGGCAUGCCUCCGCAACACGCAAGUUUCGAUGUUCCCCUUCCUUCGGCGCGUGUUCAGAGCGCUUUGCAAAGCGAAUGUAAACUGCACUACUCCUCGACGCUCAAUCCCCUUCCUCACCAGCCCUUCACCUACCAAACUCCAACCUCCAAACGGUUCAUUAUGUGUGAAGUCGAGUGCUUCGGUAACUACCAUCGGAAAUGUCAACAUUACGUGAAGCUCUAUGAAUCUGGAAUCAUUCGAGAUUGUGGAUCGACCAGAUGUGGUGUGAGCACUUCUCACAAUCAUUCGGCGCCGAAUUGCCCUUGCCCCAAGUACUACCAGGAACAGAGAAGGGUUCUCAAUCUGAUACAAGAGCGUUGCGAUGAUUGCAAGAAGGCUGCGUGGGCGAGUCUCGGUAUUGAGGAACGGUGGUGAUUACCGAUUCAGAAUUCUUGGGUCAUUGGGAAGAACACUGGGUUAUUGUGUUGGACUUC